GAGAAAAGAUCGGACGAAUAUGGCACGCAUCGACGACAUUGCGAUGGACGUGCCGCUCUUGCUGGAAGAAGUCGAUGUCGAUAGCGUCGAGCUAGACGAGCAUGUGCAGCCUCCAGCGAACCAAGGGUUCGUGGAGAGGUAUAUCACGAGUAAAGUGCAGCCCGGGUCAGUCAAAGGAUCCAUGUUCACGAUGACAGUGUCGAUUGUCGGCGCGGGCGUGCUCGCUCUCCCGUACGCCCUCGAGCAAGUUGGGCUGGUCAUGGGUGUGGUGUUUCUCGUCGUCGGGGGUCUCCUCGCGUACUUCUCAUUGUACUUAUUGGUCGUGUGCAGCGAUCUGACCAAAGCGAUGUCGUAUAUGCACCUUGCAUCCUUCACGUCUGGCCCACGGCUCUCCAUGUUCGUGCAGUCGGUGAUCAGUCUCAACCUGUUUGGCACGUCCGUGGGGUACCUCGUGGCCAGUUCCGAGCUCAUUUUGCUCGUCGUCAAGCCCAACGGCGACCACCCGACGCCGUCCGAAACCACGCAGUCCCGCAACGCCCUCAUUGGAACCCUCUGUCUUUGCUUUGUGCUGCCGCUGUCGUUGCUUCGGUCGCUGUCGUCGCUUCGUUUUUCGUCGCUGUUUUCGCUGCUCUGCAUCGUGUUUCUCACCGUGACGGUGGUCGUCAAGUAUUUUCAGUUUGUCCAGCUCGGGUACGCCAAGGACGUUGUCUAUCAGUGGAACCACCUUCCGCUGUUCACGUUGGACGUGCGCCGCAUCCUUGUCGCGCUGCCCCUCGUCAUCUUUGCCUACACGUGCCAUCCCAACGUCCUUCCGAUCUACCUCCAGCUCCAGCGGCGAUCGAGCCCUCGCAUGUACAAGGUUGCGCGGCGAAGCUUCAGCGUCGCCACGACGCUCUACGUGCUUCUGAGCGCGUUCGUGUUUCUCACGUUUGGGAUGGCCACCCGCACCAAUUUUCUCGAAAAUGACUACCACACGGACGCGGCCGUCGUCGCGGGUUCCAUCUUCUUUGCCGUCGCGCUCGUGAUCACGACCCCGCUUUAUAUUCACACGCUGCGCCAUGGUCUGAACGAGAGCGUGUGGGGUCCCGACCAAGAUGGCAGUGCGAUCCGGCAUGCCUUUGUCACGGUCGCCCUCGUUGGAAGCGUCUGCGGCGUCGCGAUUUUGGCCAAGGACGUUGCGUCGGUGCUGGGCAUCCUCGGAUCGACAACGAACCCGAUCAUCUGCUUUGUCCUGCCAGCGUUCUUCGUCUGCAAAGUCGCGCCCGAUGCGUACUGGAUGGAAAAAGGCGCCGCCGUUCUCGUUUGCGUUGCAACGACUACGCUGUGUGUCGCGAGUUUCGUCGAGCAAGUUCGAGUGUACUGACAAUAUAUACAUUGCCGUGGACUAGACCUCGGCGUCUAUCCAGC